GGCUGAGAUAGAUAAGCCCCCACAUCUGUGAGGAGAACAGACAACAUGUGGCCUGGAGAACAAGCCAUGUCUACACCAGGGGAUAAUGAUGAUGAACCAUCCCAAGGAGACCCAGGAAGAAGAGAGCUGGAAGAGAAGCUGAGACAAUUGGGGCUGGAUACCCAGUACUGGGUACCUAAGCUGCAGGAAUCCCUGGGUAUGACCUCUGACCAAGCUUUACAACACCUACAACAGAGGGAAAUCCAGACACUGAAAUCUCAGGUAAAACAUCCUUGGGAGAAGCAGGCCUUGGAGAAACUUCUUCAGCUAUCGAGUGGUCAGGGCUCAGAGAAGAUGGAAGAGAAACAUUGGGUGACAGUGAAGGAGAGACAAGAGGGGGCACAGUCAGCCUUGAAGGAGCUGAAGGAGAUGCAGGCAGCAGGUAAAAGCCACCAGGAGAUGACUGUGAGGGAGAAAGAAGAGGAGCUGAGGCAGGCCAUGAAGAUCCCACCCAACUACUGGCAACUCCCUGAGAAACCCCUAAUGGAGGUCAUAGAAAACAUGCAGAGACACCUCAGUCACACGGAGGGCACACUCUCCCAUAGGGAGAAUCUUCCUGACAGGGAGCUCCUCAAAAGGGUGUCAGGUGGCCUGGCCCUACAGGGGAUUUACCAAACCAACCAUCCUGAGGAUCUUUUGGGCAAGAGAGAAGAACUGCUCAGCCUCCCAGAGAACUUCUUCUUGCUCAGUCCAGCACAGGCAACAAGGAUGGAAACAAUGGAAUUUUUAUCUUUUCAGGAAGAGUCCAUGUUUACACAAAGCAUGGAGAAAUUGGGUUUCAGUGUUAGCUUCUUGGCUAAGGGUGGAGGUUGGGGAUUUAACCUGGAGGCCAGCACCAAUAAUAAUAAAUCUUCUGACUCUAGAGAGGUCCAUAAGUCACACUCUAAGGACACUUACAGCUGCACCACCAAGUUCAGCUAUGUCCCACUGGCCUCCUGCCACUUUGCACGGGAUCAGCUCUACCUAUCCAGGUCAGCUCUUCAAGAGUUAAAGCAGCUGGAGCAACUUCUGAGUCACUCCAAUGGUACAGAAACCUAUCAACUACUGAAGCAUAGAUGUGAAGCAUUUUUCCAAAGGUUUGGCUCUCAUGUGAACCAGGGCCCAUUGCACUUAGGAGGAGUGUUCUGGUGGAAAGCUGUAGCUGAGGGUUUCAGGUCAGAGGAGCUGGAUGAUGUGAAGCAACAAGCCUCAGAGGCACUUGAUGUGUACAUUGGAGGCAGCUACAGUGGCUUUGGGGUGAGAGCAGGAGCCAUGGUAAAUGCAUCCAACUCUCGGUCGCAAAUGGCUUCUCACAAUAAAAGCUCCACUGAUUUGCAAGCAAGAUUCCAAAUGUCUGUAUACCAAACAGGAGGCCCCCCAGAGGUGGAUUCUCUCCCACAGUGGAAAGCUGGUCUUGUGGCCAGUAACCACACCUGGCGUGUCAUUGACCGAGGUUAUCAGCUAGUGCCUGUCUGGGAAAUAAUUCUGUCUAACCACAAACAAGAUUUUCAGGAUCCUCUACAAGUGGCUCGCUGCCUCACAGACAUUUACACAGCCCUGACUGGCCGAUGUGCAAGGACCCAGGAUGGAGAGGAAUUACUGAGUGCACAGGAGGAUGCCAGGUCUUUUGUAGAGGAAGUGAAAUCCUGGGAAAUCACUGAGCCUGAGGAGAAACUGAUGAAACUGAUGGACUUCAAGCAAAAGCUGAGUGAGAAAACUAGGAACUCUAACACCUGGAUUAACAUCUGUCUCAAAGACCUUGCUCUGCAGAAGUUCUUGGUGGACAUUGUCAAUUUCUGCAAGGACUUCCCAGUUCAUGAAACCAAAUUCAUUAAAUCCCAGUUGCGUAGCCUUCUGUAUCCUCAUGUCUAUCAAGUGGAGGAGUUCCCACAGAGUCGGCCAAUCAUGCAGUGGGUUUUCCACUCAGCAAAGGAGCAACAGGAUAUCAGUGUCACAGAGUUUGCUGAGUUCAUUCAGCUCUUAGAAAAGACAAAGAAUGACCUUCUCGAAAUAAAUCACAACUCAGAGUCCUUAGGAAAGGUGGAAGAAGCUCAAAGAAAGGCUACUUAUCAGAUUAGUGCAUCUCUCAGCUCCUUUCUGAAGGCACUGAAAAAGGCAGAGGAGUCAGGCACACACCUGCUGCUACUUUCCAUUGCAGCUGGUGCAGGGUACAAGGAGGAAAACCAAACGUUCCACUGUCUCCUAGGAUGUGAAGAAUUAAAUUUCUUCUUAUGUGAAAUGAAAGAAGCCCAUGAGAAAUACCAGUACCUUAAUAAGGAAUGUGACUAUAGGGCUCAAGCAUUCCUACUGUUCACAGGGCUCACAGUAACUCCUGGACCUACUGCUGUGUCUGCAGAAGAAAAGAUGCAGCGUUUGAAGCUUAUGCAAUCUCACAUGGAUCAGUCAUGGUCCAAAGAAGUGCUUCAUGUACUUUUGAAACCCAGGGCUGGUCACGAUUGGGAAACUCUGGAAAAAGACCUGAAUUUCCUCACGAGUGGAGAAUAUGAAGCUACCGUGAACUGUAUACAAAUGGACCAGGUGAAAAAAGAACUAGAAAGUGUCUCUCAGAGAAAGAAAAAGACCUGUGAACCAGAAGCAAGUGCCAUCACACACCAUGAAGUGAUAAAAAAUUCCAACUUUCUAGACUUAGCUAAGAGGCUUGGUCUGGAGCAUUACUAUCCAAGGAAGAUGGGCCGAGCAGAUUUCCAUCUGAUUUACAAGGCCUCUGUGCAUGACAGUCAGCCAGACUCAGAGAAACAAUUGCCAUUUUAUUUCCUACAGAAGCUGUUGAUGCUGGAUUACAAACAGAGAUACUUGGUCUGUAAAGAUGAUGGAGACACAAUAGGCAGUGGGACACUAACUCUGACAAAGUUUGAGGAUGACAAUUCAGAUCCUUAUGAUGAUUUGUUUGAUGACAGGAAGACACCCUCUCUCCUCUUGUCCACAGGCCACCCUCACAUUCACCCAAUGGACACACAGAUGAUGAUUUUUCACUGUGCAGAUGAUUUCACGAGACAAUACAUUUCAAACAAACUUUCCAUUUGUCAAUUUGCCCUCCCCCUUGUGGUGCCCAAUCCCUGCACUUCUAUAAUAGAAUUCCCACUCUGGUCUCUCAGCCAAAUCAAGAGAAGCUGGAGACAGGUGGAGAAAUCAUCAGGAGAAGACACAGUCAUUAAUUUUCAUAACCAACUCAUCUCCCAGGCACCCAUCCCUAUUGUGUCCUUUAUAAGAGUUGUGAAUUCUGCUUCUUCUUCCAAAUCUCAGAUCUUGAACUCUCUGCUCAGUAAGCACAAACAUGAUGUUUUUUUCCACCGUCACUGCCGAGGCAGCAGCAAAUCCUGUCUCUUAAUGGGAGGUAUGGUAGAGAUCUCCUGGUUCUGUCCAGGAGGGAGAGAUGAUGACACAUUUGAAAGGUGUGUUGCCUUCACCAAUCUCCGUGGAAAUGCCAAAGAUUAUGAGACACAGCUCAGAUUUCUACAAGAAAUUGCUUCAGUCACAGUGGUCCUUGUGUCUGCUUCUGAUAAAAGUGAGAGGACUGUCAAAAUGGUCCGGGACCUAUGGAAGUCAACAAAACCUUUGGUUUAUUUGUUUGAUGACAAAGAGGAGAAUGUGUUCAAUGAUUCUGGGCAGAAAGUGAGGAUUGGGAUUAGGAAUAGAAAUGAGGCUGAAUUAAUGGAUGAACUCACAAGGGUCAUCAAUCGCUUGCUGAAGUCUUCAGGUCCUUUUCUCAGUCUGGAAGACUGUGCUGAAGUUGCUCGCCGCCAUGGCUUUCUUGUAGAUGUGGACAGAAAGGAGUGUCAGGAGGCUAAGGGGAAGGCACAGGCUUUGCUGGCCCUCAUGAAAGAGAUGAAAUUGUCUGAAAUGAAGGAGAGAUUACUGCCCCUUCAAGGAGAACUUUGGCACCAGUGGUGUAAGAAGGAUAAGGAGCUUUGUCACCUGCGAGAGAAGGGGAACCGCAGCCUCGAACAGCACAAGAGUGAGAUUGAGACAGAAAAACAAAUAAUAAGACAAACACAGCUAAAGAGAGCAUUUCCUCUCAAUGAUUUGAUGCGAUCUGUGCUUGAAAUCCUCCAGUCUCACUCAGAGAAAGACAAUAGCACUGAGCUGUACUUCCUCGAGUGGCUAAGUAUGUUCAUGGACAACCUUACUAGAGGUCACCUGGAAAAACUCCACAAGAGGUACAACCAGUUGUGGUCCCUGGUGCUGGGAGAAAGACAAAAAAGAUCAAAACGUGCCUCCUUUAAACGCCACCAAAAGGAACUAGAAACUGUCUCUAAGGAGAUCAGGGAUUCUUCCUUGGGUAUUGAACAUCUCCUGAGAGAGGUUGGUCAGAUCUAUGAAGCUUUGGAAGAAGCUUCAUCCCAAAUGGACACUGUGUUCUUCUCCCUUCCUCAAAUUGCUGCUGACCUGAUGGUUUCUGGGUACCCCCUUGAGCUGAUGGAUGGGGAUGCUUCCUAUGUCCCCCUGAAGUGGGUAGCAGCUGUUUUUGACAGAUUGAUUGAGAAAAUUGGAGACCAAAAGCUCUUUGUUCUCUCUGUUCUUGGCCUCCAAAGCACAGGGAAGUCAACUCUGCUGAAUGCUAUGUUUGGGUUGCAGUUCAAUGUCAGUGCAGGGCGAUGCACACGAGGAGCUUACAUGCAGUUGCUGAAGGUGGAAGAAACUCUCUGGGAAGAGCUGGGCUUUGGCUUUGUCCUUGUGGUUGACACUGAAGGACUCCGGGCCCCAGAACUCACCUGUAAAUCACAGAAUCGGGACAAUGAACUGGCAACUUUUGUUAUUGGACUUGGAAACCUGACCUUGAUCAAUAUAUUUGGAGAGAAUCCUUCAGAAAUGCAAGACAUCUUGCAAAUUGCUGUCCAGGCCUUUCUGAGAAUGAAACAAGUGAACAUUUCCCCAAGCUGUCUCUUUGUGCAUCAGAAUGUGGGGGAAAUCACUGCCAAAGAUCAAAAUGUGGAAGGAAGAAGGCAACUGCAGCAGAGACUGGAUGAAAUGGCAGCCACGGCUGCAGAACAGGAACAGUGCUCAGAUAUUACCAGCUUCAGUGAUGUCAUUCGGUUUGAUGUCAACACCCAUGUCCAUUACUUUGCUCAUCUAUGGGAAGGGGAUCCUCCAAUGGCCCCUCCCAACCCCAGUUAUAGCCACAACAUCCAAGAACUAAAACGAGGAAUUCUUUUGGCUGCCAAAAAAGAAUCCAAAGGCAGCAUCCUGAAGAUGUCUGAGGUGAAAGUCCGGAUCCAUGAUUUGUGGAAAGCCUUGCUCAAUGAAAACUUCAUCUUCAGCUUUAGGAAUACCUGGGAGAUCAUGGCCAUGAUCAAGCUUGAAACAAUGUACAACAACUGGACCUGGAAUCUAAGAAGUCAUGUGUUGGGUUUGCAGAACCAACUGACCAAUCAGAUUCAGAAUGGGGAAAUUCGGGAUCUGCCAAGAAGUUCUAUUGAGGUUAAUAUUGCAGAAAAAUAUGAUGCCAUCAGGCAAGAGCUUCAAAGAUAUUUUGAUGAAGACCAAGAGAAUGAAAUCCUGAUACAGUGGAAGGGAAACUUUGAGAACAAACUGAGAAAUCUUAAAGAGGCACUUGUUUCAGAAAGUGUUAGAAAGUCCAAAGAUUUCCUUAGUUCAAGGAAAAGUCAAGAUAAACUGGAUAAAAAGAAAUCAGAAUAUGAAAAAGAGCUGUUGUUAAGAAGCAGAGAUGUGGCUCUGUCAUUAAUGGGUAAAGAAUUAAGUGAGGAAGAGCUGAGAGAGACAUUCAGUCAACUUUGGACAAAGUGGGUCUGUGAAGUAUCCUCAACUUCCCCUCCUGCUGAAGACCCUAAUAUUGAUGUAGAUUUGGAAAAUGUCUUUCUGGACCAUUUUAAACAGGAGCACAAUGUGGCAAGCAAACUUCGAGAUCAUUCCAGAUCGAAAACAUUUUCCACUGAUUAUGACAAACAUGUAACAAUGAAGAUGACAUACAAAUUUUAUAGCCCCUUCAUAACAGAGAGUGAUAAGAAAUCCAUAAUGCAAACUACCCAAAAUGUUAUCUCAUUGGUCACUGAAACUAUUGAUUGUAAGUUGAGAAUGGGAAUGGACUAUAAUAUAAGUUACUUCCAUGAAAUACUGCGAUUGAUAGACAAGAAAACUGAUUGUGUAUCCAAUGGGGCACGGUACACAUUUACAAAUGAAUAUAAAAUAGAUUUGUCCUUAUGUUUAUGCCAUAGAGCAGCAGCUAAAUUUAGGGACAUGCACACAGCUUUCAAGAGAGCACAUGAUCCUGUCACAUAUCUAGAAAAUAAGAGAGAGGAUUUCUUUAUGAGUUUUAAGAUUUCCUGCCAAGGUGCAACCUCUAUCACAGCAUUUGCUGACUUCCUGUGGAGCAAGCUCACUGCUUCCCUACCUAUAGCCAUCUGGAAAAAGAUAGCCCUUGACCUUGCUGGAGAGAUUAGGGCUAACUGUCCUGCCUUCAAUGGAAACCGUUCCAACCUGGAGAAACACAUUCUCAUCUCUCUGGCUAAGGAGGAAAACUUUGAGAAUUACUGGGAAUAUGUCAAUGCACCAAAACGAUUUUUUAAGAAUUACAUUAAAAAAGAAAUCCAAGCAUACUGUGUAAGUAGAGGACAUGAAAAAUUGAAGAAUUUUUUAAGUAAUAGUUUGGAAUUUUUUAAGAAAGUCAUCCUCUCUGCUAUUUGUGAGUCAACUCUGGUGGCUAAGGACCAAAAUAAUUCUGCUUCUGUGUGGCUAGAUACAUUGUGUAAUCGCCUUGGGCGUCAUUUGACCCUUCCAAGAGGAGACUUGAGAAGCAUUGAACACCAGGAGAUAGCUGACAUCCAGUUCCUCAAGGAAACCAUGAAUGAACACCUGGAUACAGAAAUCCAAAAUGUAGGAAAGGCCUGUGAAAUAAUAUGUAUAGAAAAUGUGGUACCUGAGAUUCAGGCCAUGCUCUCUGAUCAGCUCAGUGGCUGCUGGAAGCAAUGUCCCUUUUGCAAAGCAAUUUGUACAAAUACAGCCAUAAAUCAUUGUGAAGACCAUAGUGUCCCUUUUCAUCGUUCUCACACUGUCACUGGCACAAACUGGCACAAAACCAAUGAGUUUUCAAUUGAUUUCUGUACCAGCUACGUGGCAAGUGAUCUUCUGUUUGUUCUUAAUGAUGACAGGUGCAUCCCAUAUAAGACUUAUCGUCAGGCAGGUGGUGAAUAUGCCACAUGGAACAUUACUCCAGACACAUCUGCCCAGCCAUACUGGAAAUGGUUUGUGUGUCGCUUCAGGUCACAAUUAGAAGAGCAUUACAAUUUCAGAUUCAGUGGCAGAGGUCAGAUUCCUGAUGCAUGGUCCAGAAUCACCAAGCAAGAUGUGCUGAAUGACCUAAAUAAAUAA